AUGGUGUGUCUCAUUCUUUCGCUCACUUCGACUAUUGAUAGUUCUGUUCAGAUCAACUGUAUGGAUGUAAGGUCAAAUAUCGAACUUUCAUGGGACAUCCAAGUACUGUGGGCUUCAUUGGCAAUUCUGAUCACGUCAUUCCUCACCAUGGCAUGUGGGAAAAAAGCUCCAGAGACCACACAUGUAGCUCAGUCCUCUAGCAGUAGCUCCGUAGAGCAUGGAAGCUCCAGCUCCAGUGGUGACGGCGAGUAUGAAGACGUGGACUUGGUCGAAGCUCGGGCUCCUACUAUGAAACCCGGAAUGUUGGACGACCCGGAGAUAAAAACAGUUCUACCAGCUUUACCGGGAGACGAUCAUAUGGUAGAUCCCUUAGGUGAGGCUGAAAAGCAAGUAAUCGACGCUGCUUCAAAAGAGUCAAUAGGCUUGCUGCUCAAGGUGGAACCUCCAAAGGCAAUAUUUAAAACGAGUGGGGGAUUGUCGAAGCACACUGUGACGAACAAAGGCCAAAAACGGGUGGUCUUCAAAAUUAAAUGCUCAAAUAACAAUGACUACGGUAUACAUCCAGUAUUCGGAUUUAUCGAACCAAUGUCACCGACGACUGUGAUGAUCACUCGUUUGCCAGGAGUUCCAAAACAGGACAAGAUAGUAAUUCAGUGGGUAGAUGCUCCAGCUACUGCGAAGGAUCCUAGAGAGGCGUUCAAAGCUGCUUCACCUUGGACGUUGCAGGCAAUUAAAAUUUUCAUGGAGAUAACUGCUGAUACCGCGGCAGCAGCAACUCCGCCUGCACCUGCUGCUGCAAAGCCAAGUGUUCCAGCAGUACUUGUCUCUGCAGAACCUGUUCCUGCCAAGGCUCCUGUUCCGGCAGCAGCUCCUGCCAAGCCACCACUCCCAGCUGCACCCCCCGCAGCUGCAAAGCCUCCUGUGCAAGUGAAACCAGCUCCUCCUCCUGCACCAAAGCCAUCUGCUCCAGCUCUGUCAACACCAGCACCACCUCCUGCCUCACUGAAAGCCCCUGCACCGAAACCACCUGUUCCAACUCCAUCAAUCCCAGCACCAGCUGUAGCUCCCACCAAACCGAUGGGCUUCAAUGCACCACCACCACGCCCUGCACCUGGUGUGCCUUCUCCGAAACAUCCCGCACAGACAACACCACCUCCUGCCUCACUGAAAGCCGCUCCACCACAACCACUUGUUCCAGCUUUCCCACCGAAAGGUCCUACUCCUGGUGUAGCCAAACCCCCACCUCCUGCAGCCUUUCCCAAAUAUCCCGUGCCCAAGGGACCUCCUCCCGCCCCACCAAAGGGAAUGGGAGGAGGUGAGGGUGGUCCCGUUAUGAGCGUUUAUGCCCUCGGUGGACCUGCUGCCCAAGGCAGCAACGCUCCCAGGUCAUUUGCCGCCCAACCACCCCGGGAAAAAUGA